CCUGCCAUCUUCAGUCAAUGGUCAUCUGCUCAUUCAACUACUACCAUCACCACACCUCGUGGUAUUCCUCGGAGAUCGUUUGUCUCGAGCUUCCAACCUCAAAGCAUGGAGAAAAACCCCGACGGCUUGCCGACUUACACAGACGCCACGUCGACGAGAGAUAGAAUCCGCCUGUCAUGGGCCGACCGGCGUCGUAGGCGCAGAAUCAUGCGGUUGCUCGCUACAGUCGUCCUUGUCUUCCUCGUCUAUCAAGCGUACGAGAUCGCCAGAAACACUAGAAAGCCGGUUAGCACACUUUCAAUAGAGCAGCUGAACAAAGACUACGCGACAUGUGCUGCGCUUCGAAGGAAGCCUUCCGAUACUACCAAACCCCGUGAUCUGAACAAACGCUGGAUCAAGGGCACAAAUCCGCUCCUUAUUCGCAACGCAACCGUAUGGACCGGCGAACCAGCAAAGGGGACCACGCAAGAAGAGGCACGAGCCGGGAAAGGGUGGUCCUGGAUUCAUUCAGACGUGUUAGUUGACCGGGGCCUGAUCAUCGCCGUCGCAUCUCCCAUCAAAGACCUCCCUCCAGAUACCGAGACAUUCGAAGCGCAUGGGCGCCUCUUAACCGCCGGAAUCGUGGAUAUGCACAGUCACGCCGGCCUUGCAUCCGUAGGCAAUCUGCAAGACGACGUGAACGAGUUGUCGGCCGACAUCACCCCUUUCGUGCGAUCCAUCGAUGGGCUGGAUCCCCUACAGCCCGAAUUCGAGUUUAUCAAGAGUGGUGGUGUCACUACUUCCCUUUUUCUCCCUGGCAGCGGCAAUAACAUAGGUGGCGAGGCGUACGUGCUCAAGUUUGCCGUUGGACCAAAGAAUGGAAGAGAGGAAAUCAGCCAGCAAGACCUAUAUGCAGAUCCAGAUCACAACUGGCGGUACAUGAAAAUGGCAUGCGGGGAGAACCCUAAGCGUGUUUAUGGGAAAUACGGAGAGCAUGGCCCAUUCAGUCGACUAGGUGAGGCAUGGGAGUUUCGCCACGCGUUGGAGCAGGCGUCGCAAUAUGUGCUGGAGCAAGACGAGUGGUGUGCCGCGGCUGAUUCGAUUGGAGCGAUAAACAUGCACACUCAUUUGAGACAAGAGCUUCGCUGGGAAUCUCUGGGUGCCGUUCUGAGAGGACAGGUCCGGAUCAACACGCACUGCUACACAAUCCCCGAUCUGGAGGCAAUGGUCAGACACACCAACGAGUUCAAGUUCCGGGUCUACGCCUUCCAUCAUGCGCAUUCCACCUAUCUUAUCCCAGAAGUGUUGAAGAGAACUUGGGGAGGUACACCUACCGCAGCUUUGUUCGCAGACAACAUGUACUACAAAGUCGAAGCGUAUACAGCCUCGGAGCGCGCCGGAGCCAUUCUUUACAACAACAGCAUAACCCCUGUCUACGUCUCGGACAAUCCAGUGUUGAACUCCCAGCACGUGGUUUUUGAAGCAGCGAAAGCUUAUGGCUAUGGUCUGCCGUAUCAUGCUGCUCUGGCUGGGGUGACUUCAGAGCCCGCUCGUCUACUCGGCCUAGGUGAUCGACUAGGGAAGAUCAAGGAGGGGUUUGAUGCCGAUCUUGUCUUGUGGGAUUCCGACCCGCUUUCCGUCGGCGCAACACCAGUGCAGGUUUGGAUUGAUGGCGCGAAGCAAUUUCAGGACCCCUUUGAACUGAAGAAGCCAGUUGCCGAGCCAAUCACACCAGAUUCCAGUCUGGCGCAAGAGACAACACAGAGGGAAAUCAGUGGCUUCGUAGUUUUCACUGGCAUCAAGCAUAUGUAUCAGACCCAGUCGGUGAAACCAGGAUCGGGGGUAGAAAACGAAUCACCAGACAAGAUGAUCGCGAUCUUUGAGGAUGGAAACUUAUUGUGCGCUGGCGAAUGCAGCGAGCAGAUAAAAGAGGUCGAAGCCAGGGGUGCGACCUAUAUUCCACUCAAAGACGGCCAUCUCACACCUCCCCUCACAGCCUUCGGAUCAUCCCUCGGCCUCGUUGAAAUCGGCGCGGAGCCAGACACCCACGAUGGCUCACCUCCAAACGACGGCAUCACACGCGCAGCAGACGGUCUUUCCUUUGGCGGCAAGCAACUAGCCCACGCCUUCUCCCACGGCGUCACCAAAGCAAUCACAGCCCCCAGCACCGACAGCAUCGACGCGCGCGGCAUCAGCGUCGGGUUCCGCACAGGCUCCCCUUCCAUCCUCUCUAAACACGCAAUCUUCCAAGAAGAAGCCAGCCUACACUACCCCCUCACGCUCACCGCCAAAACCGCCCAAACCCCAAGCAUCUCCAGCGCCAUCGCAGACCUCCGCUCUAAACUCCUAUCCGCCAUCCACGAUAACUCAACUACUUCUUCUCCGCUAUCGAAGCAGAACUACGAGGAACCCGCGUACCUGAAGCGCGUAGUCCAAGGCACUCUCCCUCUAGUCCUCACCGCCCACAGCGCCGACACAAUCGCGCAAAUCAUCCAUCUAAAAGCCACCCUCACCUCCGCAAUCGCAUCAACGCCCUCCCUCGCAUCAUCAACUUCGAAAAACCCCCUCCGCAUCAUCGUCCUUGGCGGCGCCGAAUCCCACCUCGUCGCCCCUUCCCUAUCCACCGCAGAUAUCCCCGUCGUUCUAGCCCCGCUCCUCCCGCACGCGCAGACAUGGGAUCAGCGCCGCUCGCUUACGGGCGCCCCGCUUACCAACGGCACGACGCUGAAUUACCUUCUCGACGCGGGAGUGCUGGUUGGGGUUGGGGUUGAGGAGAUUUGGGAGACGAGGGAUUUGGGGCUUGUUGCUGGGACUGCUUUUGCGAAUUCCGAGGGGCGGUUGGGGUUUGAGGGGGCGUUGGAUCUUGUGGGGAGGAAUCUUUAUAAGAUGUUGGGGGUGGAGGGGCGGGAUAGUGAGAAGGAGGAGGAGGAGGUGAAGGAGUGGGUUGUUUGGGAGGGGAGUCCGUUGGAGGUUGGCGGGAGGGUCAGGGGGGUUAGUGGGUUUGAGGGGAACAUGUGGGUUUGGAUGUAG